AUGUCCAACGACGAGACUUUGGGUGAUUCAGAAUCCUUAGGAUUUGGUCCUCAGCGGGCAGAAGCUGUUGUCCAUUCACUAGCCCGCGCACAGGAAUUAGACCUGGUAGCUCCUGAGGAAAAAAGGGGCAAGAAUUCCUCAUGGGUUGUCCGUGCAAUCAUCCGACCUGAAGAGCCAUUGCAUGCAAUUGUCGUCCAUCAUACGAUAUCCUCGAUGUGCAACGGAGAGAUUACUUGCUGGACAUAUAUCUCUCAGGGAAUGAAGCGAGUUGGCCAGAAAGAGCUGGUGUUUACCGUCUCGCGGAACACUGAAAAUGAACGAAAGAAAGACUUCCCUAACGAUCCACUUCGUUGGAUCGAAAUCGUCUACUCCAUGGCAAAAGGCGGGUGUCUGGUAGGAGAAUUUGAACAUACGGAUUUCCAGGUUGCUGACUUUCUUGGUCGGUCCGAUGUAAGUUGGAUUGUAUACUGCCCUGCUUGUCCUAUCCCGAACGUGGAGGACUCUUUACUCCCGGAUGAUUACUUGCAGGCUAUACCCCUUCUCGUGGCUGAGACAGAGGUUGCUGAUAAAUAUGGCCUAAUGAGAGUACUUGGUCAUCUGGGUGCUAUGGAGAGGUGGUUCCCUUGGCCACCUUGGUUUGAUCGCUAUCGCAGGCCAUGCAUCACCACCGCCCAGAUGCAAGGCUCAGUCAGAGAAGAGAUGCAGUUCGAGUACAUCAAAGGACUCAGUGCCGUGAAGAAGGGGUCCAAUAUCAGUCUUCGAGUUCCUAAGCAGUCGGAAUCUCUCUUGGUGGAGGCCUUGCUCAGGCAUAGCCCUGAUAAACCAUUUCCCCUGGAUACCGUUCAUCAUAUCAAUUCAGACUCUGGCUUGUUGUGGGAUAAUCGAGACCCACAACCAAGGGGAUAUUCGGCGGGAAGUUCAAAUGAAUGUAUGAACUUGAACUUUUUCGCCUUCUGUCCUGGCCAUAAUGAGGAUGAGCUCAUGUUAGUUGAGGAUGGAUAUAUGUUUAUGCUAGCAGAUGAGACAUGGCUCAGGAUUCGCAACUGCAUUCAAAAUUUGAUGCCAUGCCAUAUCUCCUUGGGCCCUGAGCUGCAGUUCUUGCUUCGGUUGGAGAAACCUUCAGUGCCAGAUCACCCAGAUUAA